GCAACGGUUUCAGCGAAGCUAAUCGACAGUAGAGGACAAGUCUUCAGAACAGUGACAGCGUGUGAGAGAAUGAGAAUAGUGGAUUUAGUUUCUACUUGUAGGCACAGCGCAGCAGAAGAAGGGAAGUCACUCCAAAAGAUUUGGACAUGAAGAAGGACAUAGAUACAUUGAUAGCAGAGGAACGCGCUGACAUCAUCACUAAAUAUGAUAGGGGCAGGCAGGAGGGUGUCAACAUUGACCCAUGGGAGGACGCUAACUAUAGCAUCUAUAAGGUCACCGACCGCUUUGGCUUCCUGCAUGAGCAAGAGCUGCCAACGCCCAGUGCUCUUGAAGAGAAGCAAAAGCAGCAGGAGAUAGAGCGAGUGGAGAAAUGGCUGAAGAUGGUGAAGAACUGGGAUAAGUACAAGAACAGUGACAAGUUGGUGAAGCGUGUGUAUAAAGGCAUCCCUCUGCAGCUGAGAGGCCAGACCUGGGCCUUGCUUUUGGACAUAGAGAAAGUCAAAAAAGAGAACAAUGGAAAAUAUGAGAAAAUGAAGCAGCAGGCUCGUAGCUUCUCCACAGAGAUCAAACAGAUAGACUUAGACGUCAACAGAACCUUCAGGAACCACAUCAUGUUCAUGGACCGCUUUGGAGUCAAGCAGCAGGCACUGUUUAACGUACUUGCAGCAUACUCGGUCUACAACACGGAAGUGAGCUACUGCCAGGGGAUGAGUCAGAUCGCUGCCAUCUUGCUCAUGUACUUGAAUGAGGAAGAUGCCUUCUGGGCUCUGUCCCAGCUCCUCACCAACAGCAAGCACGCCAUGCACGGGUUCUUCAUCCCGGGAUUUCCCAAGCUGCAGCGUUUCCAAGCCCACCACGAGCUGAUCCUCUCCAAAAUGCUGCCAAAGCUGAAGAAACACCUAGAAAAGGAGCAGAUGACAACGGGGAUUUACACCACCAAAUGGUUUCUGCAGUGCUUCAUCGAGAGAACCCCGUUCACCCUCACCCUGCGUUUAUGGGACAUCUACAUAUUGGAGGGAGAGAAGAUGUUAAAUGCCAUGGCUUAUACAACAUUCAAGUUACACAAGAAGCGCCUGCAGAAGCUUCAGUUAGAGGACCUGAGGGAGUUUCUCCAGGAGCAGCUGGCUGUUUCUUUCUUCCUGCCCGAUGAUCUGGUGAUUGAACAGUUACAGGCUGCUAUGUCUGAGCUUCGCAGUAAAAAGCUGGACCAACCACCUCCAGCCAAGUCAGAUGAGCUGCCAAAGAAACCUCUGGGUCAAGAGAGACCAGUUCUCCUUUUGCCUCUGCAGCCAGACUCUUCUCUGGAGGUCAAAAUGAAUCUGCAGCCCCAAAGCCAAUCCAGUGCAGAGGGCCACCAAAAAGAUGUCACCGCCCUACAUCAGACCCCUUCACCUGCUGAGCCCCAGGACUCCAGAACCCCUCCUUUGCCUUCACCUGACCCAGUUGUAGUCCACACACAAGGAACCCCCUCUCCUGUAAUGGCGUGUAAAGCACCUCCGUUACCCCCAAAAGCGAGUAAACCCUGUCUGGAGGUCAGGUUGGACAGAGAUGUGAAGGAGUCGCUUUCGGAGGUUAUCCAGACCGAAGAUGGCGGAAAACAGGAGAAUCAACCUGAAGGUUCAGAGACAGAGGAAAAGCCCAUGGAUUGGCCUCCACCCUAUGAGCCCUCUGCUCUGGAUGCUCUUACCCUGCAGACUGAGGAGGAGAUCAUGGACCUUCCAGAUCUGCCACCUCCACCUUUCUUUUAUCCUGAGCACAACAAUCAAAGCCCUUUGGGUAGGAGAUCACCCUACCCAGGCAGUGGCCCAGAGACCAAUCACAGCUCUCCUUCCCCCCGCUCGGCCUCACCACUGGUCACUCCAAAGAAGCCAUCUCCAAAGUCAUGCCUAAAACCACCCACAUCUCUCAGCGUCACACAAACAAAGCCUCCUCCCUCAAAGGCUUCAUCUCCUCAUGCCUUCAACCCAUCUUUGUCCUGCUCUCCCAGACUUCCUCCUCCAAAGCCAACCAAGUUCCCCGUCUCGCUCUAUGUCCCAGUGACCGCGGGAGACCGACGGCCUUCCAACACUUCCCAGUAUGACAACCUUUCUGAGGCUGAUGAAGACGACCGUUACCUGGAGAGGCUACUGGGCUCCACGCCUGAGGAAAUUCCCAGCAUGCGCCACAAACCUCAACAUAACACUGGCAGAGACUAUGACCCUGCUCUCUACCCUCUGCCUCAACCUCCUGUGUUCAUCCCUUCUUCAUCUUCUCCUGGUCCUCCCUCACCGUGCGCUCUCCCCAGUUUGCCCCGUGAGCCAGAAUAUGAAGGAGAGGACAGCUGGGUGAAGGAUUCCAUCAUACCCCCUCCUCCACCAGGUUUUGCAGACAAACUCUCUCCUCUCCAAUGCACUGCUACUAGCUGCUCAGAUACUAACAGAGCCACCUCACCUGGGUAUUCUAAGCCUUUCUCUAGGGGCCCCAGGAACCAUUCUGCUUUUCCAGCACCGCUGUUGUACACCGGGUCUCCCCCCGGCUAUUCCAGGUCCCCAGGACAGUCGGUGGUAGGGGCACCCUUGGUUCGAUCAAGCCCAGACUUUUGCAGGAUGCCUCCAGGUGGACAGCAACUUCCCAAAUCAGUGACCUUUUGAAGUUUCCAACUACCAUUCAAGUGUUAAUGAUUAUGCCAGUAUGAUUCAUACUCAAAGCCAAUGAAGAGGUGAAAGGCCAGUAGCUAUUCAAUGUGUGUGUGUGUGUGUGUGUGUGUGUGUAUCUGUUUGUGGGUAUGAGAAAGGACUUUUUUUCACUGAUAUGUUCAAAUUUCUGUGAUACUUGCACCCUUUUUGCAAGGGCAGUUAACUUUUCUAAGUGUCAGUUUGUAUUUAAAACUUACUGUUUGCACAAAAUGUGGGUUUAUUAACUCAUCUACUCUUGUUGGUGUAUCAGACCAGAUUUUAUUUUCAGUUCUUUGGAUGGUAAUGAGAAAUCUACACAGAAAUAAGGUGAUCGAAUAACAGCUGCAUGUUUCACCAUUGCUUCAUCUCCAGUUUGUUCCAACUAAGUGUCUUAACCUGACUGCAGAGCACUGAUGGUAGCAACUCUAACACAAGGGCUUCUGAGGCUACAAAGUAAGGACAUCUUUGCUAAAGCACCCAAAGCCUUUACAUUAAUACUGUAUUUAUGAUAAACUGUGAGCUGGCUCACACAUCUUAACAGUUUGUCCCACUGAAAUGAGCAGCUGUUUUUUAUCUCUCUGUUCGUUUUCUGUAUCUUCAGGUUAAUACUUAACAUAACAAAGGCCCACUAAAUUGGGUUGCACCAAAGCAGCUUGCAUGCGAACUUUAAAAAGAAAAAUUAUAACCAACCAGCAACGGGGACAUGUGGUGCAUUUUUUCCACUGAGGUAAAUACUUAAGCUAGUUUCAUUCACAUGAAGCCCAGCCAGGUCAUUUUUUUCCCCAGGCACACGGCAGUGGGUACUCUGUGGGUAUUUUGCUGCUUUUUUUAUUUAAUACAGGAUUUUUUUAGGAUGCUACCAAUUUAAACGAAUGGAUUGUUUGUCUGACACUUGAUUUCACAGUGAUAUGUACUGUUUCAUGUGUAUAUACAUGCAUGUAUCAUGGUUAAAUAAGGUGGAAGUAUAAGACUAAGAACAGUAAGAUUUGAUUAAUUCAACAUAUUGCCAGCACAGUGCUGAGUUACAGCAAAAGUCCUGGUCACAAUAUUUAUGAGGAGUAGCUCCAUCUAGUGGUCAGAUGUUUUACAGCUCGACCGUAAUUGUGUUUAAGGAGGCUUUUGGAAAGACGAGUCCUGAUCCUGUCAUAAAUUUUACCUGCAUGUAUUUAUCAAUGUGCACAUAGUCAUUUCUGCAUUAAGAUGUCAAAUGAUAAAGUAAGCUAGAGAUAAAAAUCCAAGGACGGACACUGGGGACGGAAGUGAGUGGAUCAAAGCUAAAUUCUUUCAUGUGCACAGUCAUGUUUUAGAGCUGAUGACAGUGACUGUGGUGUCAGAGGAGAAGUCUUUGAGAAAUAGAAGUUGAGUCAUAAUAUACUGUACAAGGACCUAAUAGUCAAACAUGUUUAUGUUGUGGUUUCAUUCAGUUAUAUAUUACAUUAUAUGCUGUGUCUAAACAUCAGUUUUGUUUGUUGCACUGAUCUUUGUCAUUACUAAGAGGUUUUGCAUUUCCCUCAAGUAUUCAGUUGUUAUCUAAUGAAGUACAAGGUUACUGCUAAAAACUAUUUUCAUUUUAAAGAGUGAUGUUAAUGGAUGCUUUGCAGUCGUUCAUGAACUUUGGUCUCGUCACUGCACAAGUCUGUCUUGCUGGAGUAUUUGUAGUUGUGUAACCUCACCACCACUGACACACCACUGCUCCUUUUAUGGGUCUGAUUGACAUCAGUGAUGCUGGGGCUCAGACCAAAGCUUGUGUACAUUUACGCAGCUACUUAUAUGAGUUUUAUAAAGACAUAAACCUUGA